CAGUCAGAAUCACGUCCAGAUUAACGAUGUUUCGAAUAGGAACUGUCCUUUUGUUUUUGUUUAUUGUGCUCGAUAUCACGUCAGCACAGAACACAGCAGAGAAUCCAUAUAAUUGUCGUCGUCGAGGCUAUGAAUGCAAGAAUGGAGGCACAUGUCAAGAUGGAACAUGCGCAUGCUCUCCCGAGUAUACAUCGUUUGACUGUGGUGUUGCUAUUGCCGACCAAAAUUGCGUGGAUGACCCCUGUACCAACGGUGGAAUCUGUCACAAUACAGACAGCUGUUAUUGUCCUGUGACCCACUAUGGUCCAACCUGUGAUAUGGAGACAGAUUAUCCCCGAUUUAAGGCGAGAACGAAACGGCAGACAGGUUCCAGCAUGCGUAUAUUUCCACGAUUACCUGUAUUUAUAGCCCCCAACACCAAACAAUACUCCUGGGAAUGCCUCGGCGUAGAUAUGAAAAUCAGCAUGAUGGUUCCAGAAGGUUUCAGUGGCGCCAUCUACGGGGCAAUGUCUCGGUCGGAUUGUCGGUUCCAAGAGGAGACAAGUGAAGUGACCGGUUACCGUAAAUUUACGUCAUCAAUAGGAUUCGAUAAUUCGACAUGUGCCGCUACAGAAGUUAAGGAUUAUCCGAUGACCGGGGACAUAACCUACAUUACAGACGUUGUAGUGGGAUUUCACUCCUUUAUCCAGACUAGAAACGAUCGUAUCAUCACAUUCAACUGUACUCAUCCCGCAUCGAAUGUCUCUAUGGAGGCUGACCUCGACAGUUCCGUCAACCAACGAGGAAACUUGACGAGGAAUGAGCAGAAAAAGACAUAUUCACCUGUUCGAUUCCACUUCCUCGACGAAAAACAGAACGUACUCGAACGAGCUCUCUACGUUGGCGAGAAAUUCACCAACAUGGUUUAUCUCACUUCAACAGACGUAUAUACCGCCCUUCUACUGGAGAAAUGCGUUGCCAAUAACGGCGAGGAGGGGACUCAAACUGAGGUGGUUCUCUUGGAAAAUGCGUGUCCAACCGCAGAUGGAAAUCUGGUGAUGCAGGAUCCUCCUGGCCAAGUGAAGAUGGACUACACUCCCCCAGAUUUCCCCGCUCCAAUCCCCGCCGCGGCCCUCCACAUGCUUGGUUUUCGGUUUUACGAGUCCAAACAAGUGUUCAUUCAAUGCGUGGUGAAGAUAUGUAAGGCCGUGGAUGAAGCUGCCUGUGCUAUUCCAGACUGUAACGGCCAAGAUGUGUCCAGAAGGCGGCGUAGUGCCGAUGACCACAACAACAGCACGGACGAACAGACAGUGUCCGGUUUGUUCACAAUACUUGAGGAGCCAAUCGUCCUACCCAAUAAAGAAAUUGUCGAAAAAGAGCCCGAUUGUUUCCGAUCUAGUGAAAUCAUCAUCGUAAUCAUAGCCAUGGCUGCGCUUGUUUUGGUUAUGCUAAUAGCCUGUGUUGUCCUAGCGACACUGAUCGUCCGCUCCAGGGGGAAGGUACAGAAGCUGGUCGAGAACAAUGAUCCUCACGGACUUCACAUACCUCGGGCUAAACUAACAAUGUAAUACUGCGUAUAAUGUCUAUCUCUAAAUAUAUUCUCUGUACACAUAAACAACAGGGACAUAUAUUUGGCAAGUAAAACAUUUGUCUUAUAAUAAUACAAAUUAAAACAUAAACUAUUUCCAUGUGACCAUGUUCCAUUUCGCAUAAGCAAAGUUUAUUAAUUUGUUUGUAUGAUCCAUGAUGCUUAAGACUGCAGGCGAAUACACUAAUGAGUGAAUCGAUAUUUUGAUUAAUUAAGUAUGUCAUUCGGUAAUUGAUAUAUCCGAAAGUGUAUACACUUUAGUUUAGGCUUACUCUGUAGUGGAACGAUGUCUGAUAAUUCAAGAGCCAAGGUGUGAAAAAUAUAAUUAUAUUAUAUGCAUCCCGCUUUUAUAAUACACAAUAUGCAAUAGUGUGUGAUGUGUCUGAGAGAGAAAGACAGAGAGAGAGGUAGAAAAUAUACGACUAAUGUAUAUCAAUAAUAUAUAAAUAUAUAUAUAUAUAUAUGUAUGCAUAUGCAUAAGCUUUACAUGUUCACUUGAACCAACCAAGUUGGUAAUCACGACAGUUUUUUUUUGUUUUUUUUUAAAUAUAUUUUACGCUUAAGAAUUUAUUACGAUAAUACACAGUAAACAGAUCUGAAUCAUUUGCUCAAAUGGCCAAAUUUGAUGUUAUGACUGGACAUAUAAAAUUAACAUUGGUGUAUCUGCCUUUUAGAUGGACUCAUACGUUACAACCAGUGACAUUGUUUUGUUAGUGGGCUUGAAUGUUUGUUAAAUGUGCAGAUAUAGAAACAUUUGAAUAAAUAACAUGUGGCCGCAUCUGAAUCGAGAUGAGGGGUGGAACCGAUUCCCUAAUUCGGCUCUCAUGCUGUAUUUCGUUCAUACAAAGUCGCCUGCCUUUAAAAUUGAAUUGAAUACAUGAGUAGAUAUUAUUGUCAUCAUGUACAUUCUACAGACGACAUGUGGUUAAAGUUCACAGUUUACAUUUUUUUUAGCAGAAGAUGACUAAAUUUUUAUUAUCAAAAAUAUUAUAUCCACUGGUUCUUCAGUAUGAGUUGCGGAACGAAUACAUUACAAUAAUCAUGAAAAAAAUCCCAUAAAAUUAAGCGACAAACAGUGAAAAAUUAAAUGUUCUGUUGACAUGAUAUAUAGUUAUUGAACAUUACAUUAUGGGCCGCGGUGGCCCAGUGGUUAAGGUGUCUCGACACUUUAUCACUAGCCCUCCACCUCUGGGUUGCGAGUUCGAAACCUAAGUGGGGCAGUUGCCAGGUACUGACCGUUAAUAGGACGUUAAACAAAAACAAACAAACCAAAUUACAUCUGUAAAAUUCAGGUUGCAUGCAAACAUCGAAGUAUAUAUAUUUCUAUGACCGAUUGAGCGGAUUACCAGUGAUAUAUUAUCAUAUACAUAAUUAUUUAGAGAAUCAUACUAUCUUUUAUACUAAUGUUCUAUCAUGUCAUGCCAGCCUCACUUAUUUGGGUAAUCAUCCAUGCAUGUCGUUGUUAUCGAUUGUAACGCAACAUAUUACGAAAUGUACAUAUUAUUGCUAGUUGUAUAAUAUGUAUGUUAUAUAUCAAUAAAUUAUAGGUAUUUCUAUAUUCGUACAAUUCUAGUUGGAUUGUUUAAACAUAAAAUAUACAGUUACUUUAUUACCCAAUAUCUGUUACUUUUUACUUAGAAAUAAAAUCAAGUAGAAUACAA